AUGAGAAGCAUUUCUACUGUCAAGGCUUCCCACGAGCAAGAACAAGAAGUUUUAGUGGCCCAACGUAAGAACAGACCAACUUCACCACAUUUGACGAUUUACCAAUUACAAUUAACCAUGGUCAUGUCUGGGUUACACAGAGUAACAGGUGUGUUCAUGGCUAGUGGUUUCUACGCUUUGACCUGUGGAUAUGCGGCAGCUUCUAUUUUGAGCAUUCCAUUUGAUGCUGCUACCUUAGUUGGAGCAUUUGCUGGUUUACCAGUGGCAGUAAAGCUCGCGGCCAAGGCUGCCAUGGCUUACCCUUUUGUAUACCACGCUUUCAACGGUGUCAGACAUAUAAUCUGGGAUUUCGGUAAGGAAUUAACCAUCAAGGGAGUCUACAGAACUGGUUAUGUUGUUACUGCUCUUACCGCCAUUUUCGGUUCUUACUUGACUUUCUUCUAA